AAUUAGUCGAAGAAGUAAAAAGCCAAUCAGGGCAUAAUACCCCAAUUGAAGAAAGAUCCGACCCUUUGCCCGAAAAGGAGAAAAUUGCCUCGGUAGUGUUUCGAAGUUCUCACACUCCCCAAUCUAAUAAAUGUUUUGGUUGUGGAGAGGCAUUUCCACCAAAAAAAGCCCAAGGCAAAUUAUUAUGUGAAGAAAAAAAAGCUCUGGUUGAAGCCCAAAACACCGAACAAUUAGAGAAA